AUGAUCAUCAAUUCGCAGGAAACACCCAAACCUGAUGAAGAGAAUGGUGCUCCAUAUGUUAUAUACAACAAAGAUGGCCACCACCAACAAGGGCCAAACAGCAGUAAUGGUCAGUGGGGUCCAGGGACUUCACAAAACGGUUACCCAGCUCUUGUAUCAUCUCAGCAUGAACCAGCUGAACAAUCGACCGAACAGGCAUCUCAAUCAACGAUUGCUUCACCUUUACCAUCACCAUACCCUAAUACCAAUCAUUCAAUUCAAGGUUCUGGAAAUGGUGGAGAAGAUGAAACACCACCAGAAGACAAUGUCGUUGAAUCUGAUCGAACCCAACCAGGCCAUUAUGGUCCGGCCGACCCUUCCAAUUACUAUUCAGGUGUAAGAGGAGGCCCUCCACAUAUGUUGAGUCCAUCAAGUUUCAUGUCCUAUUUAAAACAGCCUGGUGUCAUGUUAACUCCGUUAAAUCCAGCAGAAGCAUCUGGUGAUUUUCCUAAUAUGCCAGACCUUAUUCAUCAACAACAAGAAGCAUCAGGGAAAAAAGGUUCUGAUCUGCGUCUAUUCAAAUGUCUUUCAUGUGGCAAAGACUUUAAACAAAAGGCUACGCUAAUGCAACACGAGCGCAUUCAUACUGACUCAAGACCAUUUGUGUGCAGUGAUUGCGGUAAACGGUUUCGUCAACAGUCUCAUCUUACGCAGCACGUGCGUAUCCAUGCUAAUGAAAAACCAUUUGUAUGUGUUUACUGUGAGCGAACCUUCAGACAGCGAGCAAUCCUCAACCAGCAUCUACGGAUUCAUUCGGGUGAGAAACCGUACGGGUGUGGAGACUGCGGCAAGGCGUUUCGGCAGAAAGCCAUCCUGAACCAGCACGUCCGCACUCACCAAGGCGAGCACUCUCAUUCCUCGUUAAAUAGUAGUGAUUCCUCAAGUUCACCUCCGCCCUCGCAACUUCACAAUAAUUUAAACGCUUUUCUCAAGUCUUCAGCUGAAGCGUUUAGAAUGAAAUACUACCCGAACUUAAGCGAUAGCGCACAAGACGAACAACACUUGAACAACUCUAAUUUUAGAAAUGUUGCUUCUAGAUUGUUACAAAACAAUCUUAAAAUUAAGCAGUUAAAUUAUUCUUCCUAUAAUUCUUCAUCUAACAGCCCCAAAACUUCUCUUAACUUGUUUAAUAUACCUUCAAGAUCUUACCCUAGGACUAUUGUUAGGACAAAUAUUGCUCAUAUCAGAAAUGAAGAAGGUCUCCCCAUGAGAGUUGUAACUGAAAUUGAAAAAAAAUAA